UCUCACAGAGCCAAAUCACAAUAUUUCAUGUAGAAUCAUUGUUUUGCAGCUACUGAGUUGAUUACUUUCCUGUUCAAAAUGUUGAUGAAGCUUUCAGCCACCAGUUCUCCCAGUCGGAGAGUUAUUAUGUUUGUGCCUUCUGCCACUUUUUGUGUGUUUUUCUAUGGAGUGGCUUUGCUGAUUAGUAGCCGAUGUGGGCUUUCACAAGAAGCCGGCAUACUCUUACAAAUAAAAGAAUCUCUGGAGGGUGGCGGAGGUACAGAUUUUCUAGCAGACUGGUCCAACUCCUCGGCUUCAUCUGAUUUCUGUAAAUGGCAAGGCGUCAAGUGCAUCUCAACAUCAACAUCCAGUAACGUUAUAUCACUCGCUCUGCCCAGCCGGAACCUAUCCGGUCAUCUUUCUUCUAUGAUUGGGAAGCUCAGCCGGUUGGAGGAGCUCGACCUUUCCGGCAACAGACUACAUGGACACGUUCCUCCUGAAUUGGGGAACUGCACACGCCUCCAGACGCUCCGUCUCUCAAAUAACUUUUUCAGUGGUGUUAUCCCGUUGACUCUAGUCAACUGCAGCCUACUUACUUUCCUUGAUCUGAGUUCAAAUAAUAUAUCUGGUUUUAUUAUUCCACAGCUGGGGGAGUUGUCAAAUUUGUCCGAGCUUCUUUUAUAUGCUAACAAUCUCUCUGGAGUAGUGCCUGCAUCUCUUGGUAAGCUUGCAAAUCUUCAGGUUUUAAGAGUAGGCUUAAACAGCUUUACUAGUUUCUUACCACCUGAAAUUGGCAACUGCACAAAGCUUACGUCUAUAGGCUUUGCCUCCUGCAAUCUGAAGGGCACAAUCCCAUGGGAAAUUGGUAAAUUACAAAGGCUGGAAAUGCUAAAUCUCUAUGAUAACCAACUGAAUGGUUUUAUCCCUUCAAGCAUUGGGAAUUGCAGGGCUCUGCAAAAGUUUGUUAUUUAUAAAAACAACAUACAAGGUCCCAUUCCAAGGGAGUUUGGUCUUCUCCGGGGCCUCCAAUUUCUGUGGGUGUACAAGAAUCUUCUUUCAGGCGAUCUUCCUGCUGAAUUGGGCAACAUGUCAAUGCUUCAAGAGAUAGACGCAUCUUCCAACGAUCUCGUUGGAAGAUUGCCAGAGGAAGUCGGUGGGUUGAAAAGUUUGAGUUUUCUAAGCCUUGCCUAUAAUAAUCUUUCUGGCACGGUUCCUCCAUCCUUGGGAAAUCUUACAAGCUUAAAAAUAUUAGAUUUGGGAGAAAAUCGACUCAGCGGCACAUUGCCGGAUGGAAUUGGUUUCCUACCAAAUCUUACAGAGCUGUACAUCAGCAGAAACAUAUUGGAAGGUCAGUUGCCUGCAGCCCUGGGAACUUUCAGCGAUCUGGAGAUCUUGGAUGCGUAUUCCAAUCGUCUAAGCGGAGAAUAUCCUCCUGGACUAUGUAGGUCUAAGCAUUUAAAAACUCUCAAUGUUUUUGGCAAUUUUCUCUUAGGAAAUAUUACCUUGCUUUUGAAGGAUUGUGUUCCACUGAUAAGAGUUAGGCUGCAAAAUAACCAGUUCACGGGUCACAUUCCUUCAGAUAUCUCGAAACUGUCAGCUCUGUAUUACCUGGAGCUGUCCUUCAACAGCAUUCAUGGAGAAAUACCUGCCGAGCUGGGUCAACUUGACAACCUCACUAAUCUUAUUCUUUCAGGGAACAACUUAACUGGAGCUAUUCCUCCUCAAAUUGGGGAUCUCACAAACCUGGGUAGGCUCAAUUUGAGCAACAACAAGCUCAGCGGAAAUAUUCCUUCCCAAGUCGGAACUCUCAUGAAUUUAGAAGAUUUGGAUCUUAGUCGGAACUCACUUGACGGUUCUAUUCCUCAAAACCUAGGCAACAAUUUUUCCGACUUGUUCAUCUUAAAGUUAAGCUCCAACAAUUUGAGUGGAAAUAUCCCGGCAUCUCUGGGAGAUUGCUCGAGUUUGAUAGAGUUAGACCUGUCUCGAAACCAACUUGAGGGACCGAUUCCAAGGGAAAUAGGAAAGCUAGUGAAUCUGCAAACUGCGCUGGAUCUCAGUUGGAACAGGCUAUCUGGUUCUCUUCCACCGGAGAUUGGAAAUCUGGUGGUGCUUGAAUCAUUGGACGUCUCCUACAACCAACUAUCUGGUCAGAUUCCUCCUGCUUUCUCAGGCUUGCAACUUCUUUCCAAAUUCAAUUUUUCAUUCAAUCGAUUCACGGGCCGAAUUCCUGCUCUGAAAGCUUUCGCUGGGGGCGCCGCAAGCUCCUUUGAUGGUAACGAUGCUCUGUGCGGCCCACCCACUCCCAAUUCCUGCUUGGAAACCAGAAAUAGUAUUAUUAAUAACAAGAGCGAGGGGACAGGCAGCAUGGUUGGAAUUGUUAUUGCCGGGGUCGCUGCUAUUACGCUUGUCAUAAUAGGACGUGUGUAUUACCGGAGCAGGAGCCAGGUAGCUACACAAGGUGAAGAACUAAAGAAAGAGGAGGAUAUGCUUAGUGGAUCAUUCCCCGAAGCUGAGGUAGAUAUUGGCGGAGGUUAUAAACACAGGAUUUCAUAUCAAGAAAUUUUGACCGCGACGGAGGAAUUCAGUGAUAAUUAUCUAAUCGGCUCUGGCAGCUUUGGCAGAGUGUACAAGGUUCUUCUGAGAGAAGCUGAGAAAAGCUUGGCAAUUGCUGCAAAGGUCUUGAGAUUGCAAGAGGAAGGGAAAAGUAGUUUGAUACGCGAGAUAGAAGCUCUCAAGUUCGUCCGGCACAGAAACAUUGUAGGUUUUCUUGGGUUCGUGUAUGGGAGCAGCAUCAACAUGGACGUUCUGCUCUUCGAAUACAUGGCAAAGGGUUCCUUAGGGGAAGCAUUAAAAUCACAAAACUUGGGGUGGAAGAUUCGAUUGAACAUAGCUUUGGGAGUGGCCCAGGCUCUGAAAUAUUUACAUCACGACUGCACACCUCAAAUUGUACACCGCGACCUGAAAUCGGCAAAUAUUUUGCUGGACGAUGAGUACGUAGCACAUGUGGCAGACUUCGGCCUUGCAAAAUUGAUCUAUUCAGAUGGCCAAAGCACUAGCUCCUCCGUUUAUGUUGGCAGUCAUGGUUAUAUGGCUCCAGAAUGCGGUUAUGGAGUUAGGUCUUCCCCGAAGCAAGAUGUGUUCAGCUUUGGAGUUGUACUGUUGGAGCUUGUUACUGGCAAAGCAGCCGUCGUGGAUGCGGAAGGAGGAGGAGGAGAAAGCAGAGGUUUGGCUGAAUGGGUUGCUAUGAUUAAAAAGAAUAAGGGCAACGUUGUCCUGGAUUUAAUAGAUCCAGAGCUGCUAAAUGAUUACGAAAAAUGGGGAGAUGAAAUUGAGAAAGUGAUAGAGAUUUCCCUCCUCUGCACUCGUUCGUCUCCAAGAGAGAGGCCAUCCAUGCGAACAGUAGUGAACUCGCUUUCUUCUCCUUCCCCAAUGCUACUGGAAUAUGCCUCUGUCUAAAUAGUUAAUAAUUGUGUAUAUAUGUCAGCCACUGUGCACUGCUCACACGAGGGUGCACAUAGAAUCGCCUGGUAGGCAUCAAUAUCUAAUAGUUAGCAGUCUUUCUGUUAGGCAUGUAACUAUUCACGAGUUCAUUUUCAUUAGGUUAUUUCCAGCUUCCAAAUAGUUAAAAUUAGUUAAAAUGAAAAGUUAUUUGUAUUGCCUGUCCAAGGCAGAAUAUUUAUGCUUUGAAAAUUCAAUUUUC